AUGCAGUCCUUCUACACUCCUUCAACUACAACCCACAUCUCGUCCCAUGGCCCAGCGGCAGUCGAUGAGCUGAUCAACAAGUACUCCUCUACGAUGGCUACAACGUCCCCUUCCCCGGGAAUUCACACGUUUGACCGAGCGCAACGCAACAUCCUCCAGCGAAUCGCGGACCGCAUCCGUCUGGGAUAUUAUCGGUACGAGGUUACUUACGGCCUCUAUGUCAUGACUCCGGGCGAGAAGAUUGUCGCAAACACUUUUGUCGUCGUGUUUCUGGGUCUUCUGAUCUGGGCUAUGUUCUUCUACUUCCCGGGCCUGCUCUUCCAGAAGUUCUCGCGCCUCGUCUGGUUGUUGACUGGUCAGAGCGGUGAAGAGAUGGGAGCUGCGUUGGGGAUCUUGGAUACGCAACCUUCAAUAUCUCAAUUUGCUUCCCAAAAAGCAGCAUUGUCAUGA